UGGGCUGGUUUGUAGUUCACUUGGCAGUGUGAGCGACUAUUGGGUCAGACUGUAAAGUAGCUUGUGGUUGUGCCUGUAUUGCUUGCCUUGCAGGUUAUGAAAUACUGCAUUACUGCUGCGACUCUUCAAAGAGGUUCAAAGGUUACAGAAGAUCAGUGAGUGCCGAGCCGGCUUGAGUUUUCGACCGAAAAGUUACAACCAAGAGAACAAACAAGGCUCUCAAACGAUCUCAUACAGCAAAACUCUCAAUGGAGCACGUCUCUUUGCCCCCACUGUCCCGUGUCGCAAUAUGUGGCGGCACACACGGAAAUGAGAUUUCGGGGGUGUACAUAGUGAGAGAAAUGCAGAAGCAGAAGGUGGAUCGAGCUGGAUCUCUUUCCAUAACCACUGUCCUAUCAAACCCUCGGGCUGUGGAUGCUUGCAGAAGAUACGUAGACACAGAUCUCAAUCGCUGUUUCACAGAUGCCUUGCUGAGUGCUCCCAUAACAGACUCUUCACCCUAUGAGUUGAGGCGAGCCCAAGAGCUGAACACUCAGCUUGGGCCCAAAGGAGGCCAAGGGGCUGUGGAUUUCCUCUGUGACCUCCACAACACCACCUCCAACAUGGGCCUGUGCCUCAUCUUUUACUCCUUAGACUGGCUUAGCCUGCACAUUUUGAAGUACAUACAGAGCAAGAUGACCUUUGCCCCUGUGAGAGCAAUCCAGCUGGACAUCCCUCUCUCUGAGGCUUAUUCCCUUGAGUCAGUGGGCAAACAUGGCUUCGCAUUUGAGGUCGGCCCUCAACCCAACGGAGUGCUCAGAGCUGACAUCUUUAACAUGAUGAAAGAGGCCGUGGACCUGACAAUAGAAUGGCUUCAGGCAUUCAAUUCUGGAAGUACUUUUGAAGGAGGUGUAGUGGAGGCAUACACUUUGGUGAAGAGUGUGGACUACCCAAGGGAUCCUACAACUAAUGAGAUUACUGCUGCCAUACAUCCCCAGCUGCAGGAUAAUGACUUCAAGCUCCUCCGACCAGGCGACCCCGUGUUCCUGACAUUUUCUGGCGAGGUGGUGAAGCAUGCGGGAGAAGAACUCUACCCUUUCUUUAUAAAUGAAUGUGCUUACUAUGAGAAGAACAUUGCUUUCCACUUAGCCAAGAAGAUCACUUUGACCUUCCCAUCCAUAAGUGUGAAGAAGGACUGAGAGUACAGUGACAGACGACAUAGAUAUUGUCACUAAAAAAAACAUGAGUACACCUGAAACAUAAUCAUGUUGUAACCAUUUCAGGUGAGCAAUUGCACAACCUUAUUCAUUGAAUGACACACUAACAUGAUUACUUCCAGGUACCGUGUGGAAAUCCAAUGCAGCAGCUCUGCGAUAGGACUACCUCAUAAGGCUUAAAGGAAGCUGUUUUUGUACUUGAUUGAAUAGCAGUAAACAAGUGCCCGGAGUUCUGAUGCUCCACCUUCUGCAAAUUAACUUAGACAAUCGCCUUUACUGUGGCAUUAUUGCAAAAAAAAUAAAAAUAAAAUUUAAAAAAAAAUGUCUGAAUAUAUCAAAACAUUU